UUGACUUCACCUUUACAGCCAUUUGCAUUCAGGGGGGAGGUAAGCCCGGAUACGUCUUUUUUUUGCCAAUGUCGUAUUUUCUUUUCGAAACCUAAACUUCUUUACAGCAUUUUCGUAAGAAAAAAUCAGGAAAAUGCCCAGUUUAACCUAUGACGUGCCUUUGAUUUUACCUGGCCUACGAAAAGAAGAGUCCAUAAUUCAAAUCGUGAACGUUUUGGAGUAUUUACAACAAGUGUCGAACGAUGUCUUUGCAAAAAUUGACCAACAAGUCGCAGAAAAUCGCAAAAAAAUUGCAGCGAUCGACAGACGGGCGAACGUUGCUAUGGCGAAAAUUGACAAGAUCCGUGGAAGUCGAAAGGCAAUAAGGGUUUUCUCUAGUGCGAAAUAUCCAGCUCCGGAUAAAUUACAAGAGUACAAUUUGUUACAUGUUUGUGAUGGAUUAAAGCCAGACCCCAGUAAGAUAUCUGGGACUAAUCAAGACUAUCAUGUGACAAGUACGUUUGGUAAAACUGACCACAACAGCAUAAAAGAGAAGUUGCAAUUUUUCAAUGUGCAGCUGAAUGUCAAUCAAAAAAAGACAGACAAAUCUGAUCAAGGUUUAGGCGGAUUACCCAAAGAUGUCUCUUCUAUCAGCUCGUUGCUGCUUUUUAACACAACUGAGAAUCCAUAUAAGAAGUAUGUGAUUUUGGAUCCUUUAGAAGGUGCCAUAACAAAAACACGGAAAGGCCUAGAUGAAGAAACAGAUGACUUAGCUGCUGCUCCUGUUACAAUAACCAACCGUGAAGAAAUGGAGUUGCUUGGUUUAACAAACUAUUUUUACACACCUAAUCUUGGUGAUGUGCCCGAACUAGAUGUCCCUGUACACUUGCCUGACUUGCCAGGAAUUGCAGAUGAUCUUGCUUGGAGUGCUGAUAUUGGCCAAUCUAUUGCACCAUCAUUACCAGGAUCAAAUAUCCCUGAACUACCUGAAGUUAUCCCUGAAGAACCUGCUCCUUUAGUUACUCGUAAUGUAGGUGAUAUGCCAGAAUCCACUCUGGCACCACCUCCUCCUCCUCCUGAGCCUAUUGAACCCCCACCACCACCACCACCACCACAACCAAUAGAAGAUGAGAGUACUGGACCAUCUAUCUCGGGUAAGUUUCUUGUAAAGUUAUCUGGUGAAUGUGGUCUAUUGAUUAAGUUAACCUUAAAUGCAUCUCCAAUAGGUGUGGAAGCCAAUCAACCUGAAAAUACUGCUAUAGAAGGCGAUGGUGGAGCAGACCUUAUGGCGGCAAUCUGAAAUGCAGGUGGAGCUGGAAAAGCUAAGCUAAAACCAAAAGAGAGAAAGCAAAAGCGAGCUGAAAAGGAAGCACCUAGCAGUGGAGGUGGAGACCUUAUGAGUGACCUUUUUGCAAAAUUAUCAAUGAGAAGAAAGGGUAUCUCAGGAUCGAGAGGAGAUAAAUCUGCUGAAGAUGCAGGUGGAGGGUCUGCCAUGGACAAGAUAUCUUCAAUGAUUCCUCCUCCCACUAGCAAUCCAAUUGCAUCCUCUUUAGCAAAUGAUAGUGGUGAAUGGGAUCCAUGAAUGUAUCGAGGAAUGACCCAGAUGACAUAAUUGUAAAAACAUUUGCAAUUCAAGUGUUAUCUUACAAAUGUCUAAUUAAGAUUUUAAAUUUGUCAAAUUUUCUUGCAAGAACUCUAAAAAUUUAGUUUGUAGUUUGUAAUAAUAUAAUUAUAAUUGACAAUGUGAUGCAAUAUACAUAAAUACAUCCAGGACGACAAGUGUCACUCAGCAUAA